GAGUGGGAAACAGUUUGUUAUUUAUUUCUUUUAUCUGUUUUUCUCAUCACAGAAGCCCAAGAAUGGCUGGAGGAGUCAGAAUCAGAUGAAGAGGAUGAUGUGGAAGGUGCAGAAGGAGGGGAAGAGGAUGAAGAAAGCUCUGAAGACGAGAGUGAAGAUGAGGAAGGAGAAGAGCAGCACCCAUCUGUUCAGCCUGGCGAGAAACAAGCAGACUAUCAGUCCAGGACGGAGCAGUAUUGGAUUAAACUAGCCCGCAGCAACAUGGGCCCGGAUGCCAAGGAGAAGAAGGUGCAGAAAGUGGCACACGCCAUGGCAAAGACAUUCUAUGAAGAUUCAGUCUAGAUGUUGAGGGUGUUCUGUGUGAACACAGAAACAUGCUGGGAGCUCUGGUUAGCCCCACUGACCCAAGCAGCUCAACCCG